CACCGACAGAUGUGAUAUCUGAACUAAACACACUCUUGAAGAAAAUAUUUUGGACUAGUUGGAAUUGGCUGAACAACACAGAAUUCAAUCCCGAUGUUAUUCUCAACACGCCGGAAAUAAUAAGAAGGGCAGGUUAUCCCGUGGAGGUUCACAUUAUAAUGACAGAGGACGGCUAUCUCUUGACGUUACAUCGUAUUCCAGGUGGUAAUGACUCUCUACCUGUGCUAUUGCAACACGGUCUUUUUUGCACAUCUGUUGUCUGGACUAUUCUUGGCAAAGAAAGAGCACUUGGUACGAUCAUGUAA